AAGAACUCCAUCCCUGACGUCAUGAAUGCAGGAGAUUGGCUAUAUGGAGCUCGAACACAAACUACUGCCCUUACACACACACGCGCUCAAACUUCUAAGAGUUUUCGAACUUUCGAACUCGAGUUCUCAUCGCGCACGCGAGCUCUCUCGCCGCAUUAACUCCCGUUUUCCCCGAUUUCCGUUUCAUGCUUUAAAACUCUCUUUCACUCCAAGCAUUUCCCCCUUUUAAGUUAUGUUUGCCCCGAAGUGUUUUCUUAUGGCGAAUAGAUGACAGCGCGCGAGGGUUUACAAGCGACAGAGCUGCACUUCUAUAGUUUUAUUUUUGUGUCUUUCUAUCUAACGUUCUAGCGUGUAAAUAUAGUACAGAGUGGUUCUUUCAAACUUUACCAACACUUUCACUUCCAAUGGAUAUGGCUGUGCUCAUGUGGGACAUCAUUGUUUCUUUAAUGUUAUUGAUUUCUCCGGAUUUGCUCUCGGCGGAUAAGAGCGGCUUCAGGAGACUGUACGUGCUACAGCCGGGACCGAGCGGUACGGACGGGGUUCACGUGAGCUCCAUUUCAUCGCUCUCGGGAGCGUCGGGACAGCCGCACUCCUACAAUGUGGAGCUCAAAGCCAGCUUCGGCGGCCAGGUCCGGACGCGCAGAAUGGGUCACCAUUCGAACCCGAACACAAACCCGAGCAUUCCGAUACGUCAGGACGCGCAGCCUGGCAGACACACAUCCAGCCAUCAUAUGAAAAUGUCAGGAGUGAACGUCUGUGGGGGGCAGUGCUGUGUUGGUUGGAGCAAAACCCAAGGAUCUCAGCGCUGCACUAAACCUAACUGUACACCGCCAUGCAAGAAUGGAGGGAUGUGCUUGCGGCCCCACGUGUGUGUGUGUAAGUCAAGCUCUAAAGGCAAGUACUGUGAACAGACUACUCUUCCCCCAUCCUUACAUCCAACUGGACCAUUAAAUGGAAACACCAAUGGUGGACUUCCAAACGGAGGUCAUACAAAUGGAUACCCCAAUGUUCAUAAUGUAGUUCCCCAGCGUCCUAUUCCUCAGCAGAUCUUCCCGCAAGGCCAAGGUCAAGUGCCGUUACCGUUGCCUGGCACCAACCUGGGACAUCUGACCCUGUCCAUGAAGUCGUCACCCAACGGACCCAAUCCUUAUCAACCACAAGUACAAAACCCAAUUUCAAAGAUAAUGCAACAGAGCAAAACCCAGAAGUUCAUGGUUCAGCAGAAAAACUACCACACUCACACGCAGAUGCACGGAGUCGGACCCACCCUAAACCGGGCCAUCCCGCUUUCAGUGGGACACAACCCAAUAAAUUUAGGGAACCACACAGGCCGGAUCAAAGUGGUCUUCACCCCGACUAUCUGCAAGAUGACCUGCACUAAUGGUCGCUGUCAGAACAGCUGUCAGCAGGGCAACACCACCACUAUCAUCAGUGAAAAUGGGCACACUACGGACACACUUACUGCCCCCAACUUCAGAGUCGUUGUUUGCCACUUGCCCUGCAUGAAUGGAGGAAAAUGCAGCGCUCGGGACAAGUGCCAGUGCCCACCUAACUUUACUGGAAAAUUCUGCCAAAUGCCGAAUCCCAACGGUCACCAGGGGCAACAUGCUGUCGUAAACGGACAGAAGACACACAUCCACUCAACGCACACAUUACCCCUCACCUAUGGCACUGGACAAAACCAGGGUUUGGUGAAUGUCCAUGUGAAGCAUCCCCCAGAAGCCUCUGUCCAGAUCCAUCAGGUGUCUCCGGUGGAUAGUAAUGGGCAGGUGAAGAACACACACUCCAGCCACUCCUUCACCUACCACAGCAGCAGCCAGAGCAUCCAACACGGUCAUACUCACAGCAGCGUCAUUUACCCCAACCAGCAAACAUACCCCCAGUACCAGCCGGUGACAUCUAAGAGCCAGUUGGGACGUUGCUUUCAAGAGACUGCUGGAAUGCAGUGUGGGAAAGCUCUGCCUGGCCUGUCUAAACAAGAUGCCUGUUGUGGGAUGGUGGGCACAUCAUGGGGAUUCCACAAAUGCCAAAAAUGCCCCAGGAAAACAUCGAUUCCUUUGAUUGAAUGUCCUCUAGGCUAUAAGAGGUUGAAUGCCACUCGCUGUAUCGAUAUUGAUGAGUGCCAUAUUCAAGGAGUUUGUCCCAAUGGAAACUGCAUAAACACCAUGGGCAGCUACAGGUGUAUCUGCAACCCAGGCUUUGUGCCUGACCCCACCCUGACCACCUGCUUCCCCGAAACACCUGCUCUUCGUGAGGAGAAGGGUGCUUGCUUCCGAUUGGUCAGUUCGGGGAAGCAGUGCUUGCACCCUGUGUCCACUCAGCUGAGUAAACAGUUAUGCUGUUGUAGUGUGGGGAAGGCCUGGGGUCCUCAUUGUGACCGCUGCCCCCUACCUGGAACAGCUGCAUUUAAAGACAUCUGUCCUGGAGGAAUGGGUUACCAUGUAACCGCACCGUACAUUUACAAGCCCAAACCUCCUAAUGGACAGAGCCAGACAGACGGUCACGGGCAGAGCAAGCUCACCAUCAGACACCAAGUGCCUGUGGAUCCUCCUUUGCCCUUCCCCACCCUGCAGCAGCCCGUGGAAGCUCUCAGCAUUACAGAGAGGCAGCUACCUGUGCCCACAGUUCCCCAGCAGGAGCUUUAUACCCACAUGAGUGUUGAUAGGUCAGUAGUACAGCCCGAACAGGCCCAGCUGUCACCCGGGGUGUCUACAAUCAUGAUGGAGCCUGCCCUCUCAGAAGUGGUGGAGAAGGUGUCACCACCCGCUCCUGUGGCACUUCCACCCUCCAUAGAAAGUCAGGACAUCUCCCCAACACAGCUGGCAGAGAUCGACGAGUGUCAAGUGAGACCUGAUAUAUGUGCUGCAGGAAUCUGUUAUAACACUAUUGACAGCUACAAGUGCAUCUGUGAUGACGGCUAUAGAAUAGACAGUGAGGACACCACGUGUGUAGAUGUCGACGAGUGUGCAGAGAGUCCAAGUUUAUGUGCUAAUGGUCACUGUCAGAACACUCCAGGCGGAUUCCUGUGUGCGUGUGAGCCUGGCUUCAUGCCUAAAGAGAAGGGCACCAGCUGCUCCGAUACCGAUGAAUGUCAGGAUGGGAGAGUGUGUCCGUCCGGUCUCUGCUAUAACACUCUGGGCUCUUUCAUGUGUUCUCCUUGUCCGGAGGGGUUUGAAGGGAGAAAUGGCCAAUGUGUUGAUAUAAAUGAGUGUUUGGAUGAAGAAGUAUGCGCUCAUGGUCAGUGCUUCAAUCGGGAGGGCUAUUUCAUUUGCACGUGUGAUGAAGGGUUCUUGCUCACUCUUGACAGCAAGGCCUGCAUAGAUAUCGACGAAUGCCAGGAUGACAGCGUGUGCAUCCAAGGUCACUGUCAGAAUACAGAGGGGUCAUUUAUCUGCAACUGUGAGCCUGGCUUUAUAUUGUCAUCCACAGGAGACCAAUGUAACGAUGUGGAUGAGUGUUUGGAGUUACCUCAGACCUGUGAUAGUGUGGGACAGUGCGUCAAUAUCUUGGGAUCUUACCAGUGCAACUGCCCACAGGGAUAUAGACAAGUCAACGGCACCAGCUGCCAUGAUGUUGAUGAGUGUGAGGAUGAGACACAAAUGUGCGUCCCCAAUGGAAAGUGUCUGAACACAGAGGGUUCGUUCCUGUGCGAGUGUGAUGCCGGCUUUGUGUCCACCAGGGAUUCACCAGGCUGUGAGGAUGUGGAUGAGUGUUCUCUGAAUGAGAAUACCUGUGGAAGUCAAGGUGUUUGUCAGAAUACAAUAGGCUCCUUCAGUUGCCAGUGCUACCCUGGAUUCAAGGACUCUCAGGAUGGGCAGGGCUGUGUGGAUGUGAACGAGUGUGAGCUGCUCAGUAAUGUGUGUGGUGAGGCCACCUGUGAGAAUCGUGAAGGCACCUUCCUGUGUUUAUGUCCUGACGAGAUGCAAGAAUUUGAUUCGAUGUCUGCCAAAUGCUUCUCUAGACCACCAGUCACACCUGUGGAGAGGAAAGAGUGUUACUUCAACUUGAAUGAUGAGAACCUGUGUGAUAAGGUGCUGGCAAGCGGCAUGACUAAAGAGGAGUGCUGCUGUACACUAGGAGCCGGCUGGGGGGACAACUGCGAGGUCCAUCCCUGCCCCAUACCAGGAACAGAUCAGUUCAUACAGAUGUGUCCAGCAGGCCGCGGUUACAUUCCUCCUGUGGAUCCUUUGAUUCCUACAACCAGCUUAGCAGAAAUAUUCAAAGACGCAGAUGAAUGCAAACUUUUUGAAAAUGAGAUCUGCAAAGAUGGCUUUUGUCUCAACACCCAUGGUGGGUAUGAGUGUUACUGCAAGACCGGACUCUACUAUGAUGAGAGCAAACUGCAGUGUGUUGACACUGAUGAAUGUGCGGAUGAAUCGAACUGUAUAGAUGGUCAGUGUAUAAACACAUAUGGGUCAUAUCAGUGUUUCUGCUCUCCGCCCCUGGUUCUCACACCUGACAGCACGCAUUGCAUUUUGCCCACCAUGGAAGGGCAAAGAGAAACUGAUGUGUACUCGGGUAUUUGCUGGGAGACUGUGACUGAAAGUCUGGCCUGUACAAUGCCCAUUGCCGACUUACAGACCACGUUCACAGAGUGCUGCUGUUUACACGGAGAGGCCUGGGGCAUGGAAUGUGCUCUCUGUCCCCAGAAAAAUACAGAUGCCUAUGCCACUAUGUGUAAUAUUCGUCAGUUUGGUGCUUCCCGUCAGCCGUAUGGUCAGGAUGCUUUGGUCGAUGGCCCAGUUAUUGAAUAUGGCCCUGAAUAUGACUCUCGAUCUCUGAACCCUGACGGCACGCUACCCCUCUAUGAAAAUUAUGAAGAAUCCAGAAAUCCAUAUGAUGCAUUUGAAGGACUGCGAGCAGAGGAAUGCGGCGUGCUGAACGGAUGUGAGAAUGGACGGUGUGUGCGGGUGCAGGAGGGAUACACCUGCGACUGCUUUGAUGGUUACACACUCGACCUGUCCCUCAUGGCCUGUGUGGAUAUCAAUGAAUGCUCAGAGCUGAACACAAAGAUGUCUCUUUGCAAGAACGGCAAGUGCAUCAACACAGAAGGCUCAUAUAAGUGUGUAUGUCUGCCAGGGUUCGUCCACUCCGCCCAGCACAACUACUGUGUGCCCCAAAGACAGAAUGCAACCAGCACGAGCACGGAGUGACCAACAGGGGGCGCAAGAUACACUAAAAACAUUCUUAUUUAAUCAAGGCCCAUAUACUAUGCACUGUAUAGAACAAACAUCCAAAAACAAUCAGAAAAAAAAUCCUACUUGAGAUGAAGAGUUAUGGUGUCUAAGAGAGAACUGUAUAAAAUAUUUGUUUUAUUGGUCUAUGUAAGUUUAUUAUUUUGACUGUAUUAUGAAGCAGAGAGAACAUAGCAGAGGUGAUAUUUCAGCAAACUGACAAACCCUAUGACCUUAAGCUGGGGGACUGCUUUAUUUUGCCCAGUCAGAGACAUUGAGCUUGUGAAUAUUUUAUUAAUGCAAAAGCCAGACUCUCUCCUUAUGGUCCUUUCGUUCUUUUAUUCUGUUCAAAAUUCAUUUAUUGGCUGAUUUUUCUUUACCCCUCUCUUUACUUUUCUAUUCAUAUUUCACAUUUUUUCUUAAGGUCUUAGUGAGGUAGACCACAUCACAAACACAAUUACCUGCAAUACAUAGAUUCAUAGGAAACAUAGACAGCACAAAAUGUUUUCAGUGUCAAGUCUUUAAAAUAAGCUUUUUUUAUGAGCUGCUUUGUAUUAAUGACAGACACCAGCUAAUUCUCUGUGUAUGGGACAUUAGUCCACUGUGGACGUCUGCCCUGUGGAGCAGGCAUGACCUUUAACCUCACCUUUCUUCUAGAAAUUAUUAUUAUUAUUAUUAUUAUUACGUUUCUUUGGAAAGAAAAUAAUAAAAAAUGAAGUGCCUAUGUAUUUUUUUUCUCUCUCUCAGAUGUUUUUUUUUAAUCAGAAAUCUUUGACUGCAUUUGAUAGAGUUGGCGAAACGUCUUGCCAGGUUGCAAAGCUGCUAUUUAACAGCCGUGGGAUCCACAGCACCCCCUAUUCCCCC